AUGGGAAACCUCUGCCACCAUCAGCGCCCCGCAGCCACCCCCCGGCGCAGCCUGGCCAAGGCAGGGGAUGGCGCGGCGCUGCCGGGGACCCCGCUGCUCCUCCUCUUCCUCCUGCUCCUCGCGUCCUCGAUGUCUGCUUGCAAAGGUGCACCAAUGCCAUCCCAAGCACUCGAGGCAGGUGAGGAUUUUCAGCUGUGGAAAGAGAUAGAUGAUGCAUGCUCUGCCUACCUAUCCAGGGAUGCUCAGCCUCAGGUGAGUCAGAGACAGGCAUCCAGUGCAGUGGAAGAACUUUGCUUUUUGAUCAUGGGAUUUCUCCAGAAGCCACAGGGUUUAGAUGAAAAAGACACCACCAAAAGGUUCUUAUUUCAUUAUUCUAAGGCUCAUGACUCAGGCAACUCAGAUAUCAUGUCCUCUGUCCUGCAUCCUUUGCUGCAACUCGUUCCCCAGCUUAAUGAGAGAAGACUGAAGAGAUACAAACUGGACGAAGAGCUUCAAGGACCCAGUGGGAUUCAAAGCAGAGGCUACUUCUUCUACAGGCCACGCAAUGGGAGGAGGUCAGUGGAUUUUCGCUGA